CGCAUAAACGAACAGGCCCCAGGUCAACAUCCACUACCAAAUCCGUGUUUGCGUUAGAAGGUAAACAUAAGUGUGCUGUUGGAUUACAACGUUUAACCACAUAUAGCUCACCGCACAUUUGAUCAAGAAGAGGUAGACCAUUUAUCAGCCAUCAUGACCGAAAUUCAGUCAGUCGGAUGGUACGGUGUCCUCAGCUUGCUCUUGCUACAGGGAAACCAUGUACUAUCACAACCAAGCAGUGACCUACCUAGCACCACAAUCCAAUGGUCAACACGACUCGGGCCCGUCUUAGGUCUCAACGUCUCGCUAGACAAUGGGAGCAGUUUCCAGUUCAAGGGAAUACCUUUUGCUAAACCACCGAUAGGAGAUCUUCGAUUCAGAAAACCAGAGGUGCCAAACGCAUGGAGUGGAAUUCUCAACUGUACAACAUACAUGGACGCAUGUAUGCAAAGUGGAACUCACGUGUCAGAAGAUUGUUUAUAUCUCAAUGUGUUUGUGCCCAACAGUCUAGACGCAUCAGCGAAACGUGCAGUGAUGGUGUGGUUUCACGGCGGGGGUUUUAUUUCCGGAAGUGGAUCCAAAACCGAUGGCUCAACUCUCGCACUUCAUGGCGAUGUGAUCGUUGUAACAGUCAACUACAGGCUGAACUUGUUUGGUUUCUUUACCACGGGUGAUAACUCUGGCAACUAUGGACUUUGGGACCAAAUGUUAGCUCUUCAGUGGGUUAAAGACAAUAUCGGAGAUUACGGUGGCGACACUACAAGAGUGACUAUAUUCGGCGAAUCCGCGGGAGCGGUCAGUGUUGGCAUGCUAGCGAUUAUUCCUCAGAAUAGAGGUCUGUUUCAGAGGGUCAUCGCACAGAGCGGAUCAAGUGUGGGGCCCCGUAAUUCUGGUGUGGAGGCGAUGAAAGUAUUUUCAAGGGUAGUGAAUGAACUUGGCUGUUCCUCCGACUCUUCGGUCUCAACCGUGAAGUGUUUACGUCGACAAAGCGCCGAACAACUAACCAUUGCAUUUUACGCAGCAUUUAAUGCUGUGCAAGAUGCCAGCUUUACCAUACUUUCAGCUAUGGGCCCUACAAUAGACGGGGAGCUGUUUUCAGAAGACUUUGAGGCGAAAUUAACCGACUACGAAAGUGAUGCUAUGAAGUUUUUCCGAGAUGUUGACUUUUUGACAGGGCUUAAUUCAGCGGAGGCCGGGAUAUUUUAUAAAGAUCUCCUUCGUCACCAGAGAGAGUUUCCGACGUUCAACUUCACCGUAGCAAUACCGGCUAGUAUUGCAAAUAACAAUGUCAUACCUACUCUUGUUCGACAGCUGUAUGGCAACUGUGAUGAUAUUUCCAAAUCGAUAGCUGACAGGUACGUCUACCCUAUACCAAAUGGUGACCUUGACGCUCAAACGUCUCGUGCCAUAAAACUCUAUGCUGACGUCAUCUAUCACAGUCAAGCCUUCCGGUCUUUAGAUGCUCACCUUGGGACCAACGCUAAGACGUACCAGUACUUGUUUUCACACGAGCCCCGAUGGGGACUGGUAGAGCCAAGACCACUGUGGCUGCAUGGAGCAAACCACGGUGACGACAUCGCCUUUGUAUUUGGUCUGAACGAAAUGUACCCUAGCGAUAUUCCUAAGGACGACACUGAACUGGCAAUAUCGAGGAGAAUCAUGUCCUACUGGACAAAUUUCGCCAAAUCUGGAAAUCCGAAUGGCAACGACUCUGACCUUUUGGAAUGGCCUCAAUACACCCUGUCUAACAAGUCUUAUAUCAACAUAUCAGUGACGGAUUCUUUGGGGCACGCGCUGUGGGUCGACCGGAUGAAAUUCUGGAACAAAGACGUGCCUAAUCAACUGAGACGAUGUCGGGAGACAAAUGGCGUCAGUUCCAGUAUGUCCUUCGACAUGCAACUCUCGGUCGUUAUCUGCAGUCUCUUUGUACUCUAUAAUUUCAAAUGAACGUCUAUGUUUGGUCACUGAAAAAGAACAUGUCUGCCAAAUUGAGAUAUUAGUACUUCAGUAAUGUCAUUAUUCAGUAUUUGCUGCAAUCUCCCCCAUAUAGUUUGGUGUAUUUACUUUUAUUACUGUGAAAAACAUGUUGAGCUUGUAUUAUGCAAACAAUAGGAUUACUGAGAAACCAUAUCACACUAGAAUAUUAAAUUGUCAUUACUUUAUGAAACGUUCUCAUAUCACAAUAGGAUCGCGUCACCACUUUAUUUAUGCAGCGUAACCAUAUCAUAAUAGGAUCGCGUCAUCACUUUAUGCAGAGGUAUCAUAUCACAACCGCGUCAUCAUUUUACGCUGCGUAACCAAUUCAUAUGUAGAUAAUAUCAACUAUAUUUUCAUUGUUCCCGAUUUCAAUUUUGAUUUAUUUUAAAGGUAGGGAAUGUCUACAUCACAAAGGAAAUAAAUUUCAAGUUAAAAUAAAUUUCCAAUUGAAUAGCUUUCCAGCAUUUUUUGUUUUGUUUGCAACUGCAAUAUCUUCACCUUUUGUUCCUCUUUUAAAAUUGCAAUUCCUACACUGUUUUGAUAGACAUAAAACACCUUCAUUCUUCAUCUUUGGAGAAAAGAAACAUCUUAUCAUAAGACUUUGAAAUAAAAACCUGUCGAUAUAACCAA